CCAUAUCGCACUGGGUAGGCCGUGGGAAUAUCUCCUGGCCGCGCCUGUGUUUUCUUUCGUCUGUGAAGUGUCAAGUAACUUGCGCAGUCAAUUAAUUUAUCAUUAUCAAAACUUCUCCUUUUCGGACGAGUUGGCGUUCACUGAACCUUUUCAAGUAUUUUCAUGUUUUUAUGAUGGCUCGGACGGUUUUCCUAGCUUUCACCAUUUUUAUGGCUCUGGCGCAGUUCUUGGAAGCCUGUCCAAAAUCUUGGCAAGUGGCCUGCAAGAGUGUCCAAAGCCCGAGUAAUGGAUUUGUCACGUUCUCCGGUGGCACUGCGUUCUCAUCCGCUGCGUUCGUCCACUGCGAGGCAGGAUUUGAAGUGCACCCUGAGAAAAAUCGGAUCGUCUACUGCGGCUGUAACGGGACAUGGAGCGCGAAGCUACCAGUGUGCAAUCGAAUACAAUGUUCAGCCAUGGUGACGUCACCGAAGCAUGGCAACGUCACAGGAACCGGUAUGACAGUCUACUCCACGCGAACGUUCACAUGCAUGCCUGGGUACCAGCUGCGGGGUUCACCAAGCGCGAUCUGCCUUCCGACUGGCAAGUGGUUCGGAACCAGCAUUUCCUGUGCUCCUAGUGCCACGGCCUACGAACCCGCCACGUGCAGCAUAUGGUCCGUUGAGAGUGAGCUAGUCGCAGUGCUCGUUGUUAGUGGUCUUUUGAUCGUAAUAUUUGCCAUAGCAACUGUCCUCUACUUCUACGUGGUCAGACGCGACGCCCAGCGGCAGAAUGCUUCCCAGAGCGACUUUCAGUUCCACGCGCGAAAGGCGAUUGAUCAGGAGGAUAAUGAUUACAGCCUGAGGCGUGCAGUUCAAAAUGUCAUUCCUCUUCAAACAAUGUUUGGGAACAACAAUGUACACGAAACCACUGCGUCGGAUGUUGCGAGUAACGAAGAUUCCGAACCCGCCAUAAAUGGACGCUGUAGAGAUGAAGAAUACGAAUUCAUGGACCCUGCUCGUGGUGCGACGUCAGAACAGAUUUUCGAAUUUCGCUCUCGUGCCUCGACGCGUCUUUCCCUUCGCAAAACGUGCAAUAUUCCACCACCCAAGCCCCAAGACCCGCAGGAGCAGAGUACACUCUCUAAUACUGAUGAUGCUGCUGCAGCAAACGGGAGAACAACCGAUCAAGACCUUGCCGACAUUUAUAGUAUACUUGAUAACAUGCCGAAGCCAAGCCAGGAUGAGGGCCAGGGAAUCUACGAAAGUUUGGAAUCACCAGUAACUGUUGAGGCUGCCUGUGAGGACAGAUAUGUGACUGCCACUGGUGAAAGGCCUGCGAGUGCAUCUUAUGAUGAUGUGCAUAUGAAGGCCUCUCAGGAAACGUAUAUCAAUGUUUCCGAUAACACUGUUGUUCCUGAUGAAGUGUAUAUGAAUCCACCCCCUGAGAUAUUAGAUUCCGAGACAAUGUAGACGAUUCAAUGCGAUGAAACGUAGGUGAUCGCCUGCUUGGACAUGUAUAUGCCUCUGCCGUCGAUGAAUGAAGACGUUACGCACAGACAGCAUAAUAACCAUUCGCAUUGUGCAUGCACAUCAUAAUGUCAUAACAGGUAGUUAGCAACCCUUUCUUUAAUUGCGUUCCCAAGACUUUCCGGUACUUUUACGGCAUAAUGUUAUGGGUGAUAAGAAGAGAACAAACUCUACAUUUUCUGACAGUGCCAUUGCCAAUUGAAAGCCAAUCUUCUGCUGGGAGUUUCCCAAUACUCUCAAUCCUUUUUCUUAGUAAUGUUUUAUCUGCCGGUUCACUGUGUUAUGUUCACCAAAAAUCACAUAAAUAUCAACGCCCCCACUCCCCACCCCCACCUCGCCGCGAGCAACCCCUUCUUGAUCAACGAGCAAAGACCUUCAUUCAUUUAUGAACGUUGCCAUUACAAUAUUGUUGCUUGAGGCCCAGUUAUCAUCAAAUUUCAUGCGCGUUGUGGCUACCCUUGCGCAUUGAUAUAUUUCUCUACCACCCUUUCUUAUCAUUUUAAUAUCAACGCCCCCCCCCCCCCCCUCGCCGCGAGCAACCCCUUCUCGAUCAACGAGCAAAGAUCUUCAUUAAUUUAUGUAGGGUGCCAUUACAAUCUUGUUGCUUGAGGCCUAGUUGUCAUAAAAUUCAUAGGUAUUGUGGCUGCCCUUGUACAUUAAUCUAUUUCUCUACCACCCCUUCUUUCUCAAAAUAUAAAUUUCUUCGGCCUAAACCGGUAUCAUAAAUUCGGCACAACCCUUCAUGUACCUUCAUUAUAAUUAACUCGUCUCAUGGUACCACUGGCCGGUAUUCGGGCUACUUCACACAGUCGGACGGUUCUUUUUCAACGUCUCGGUUCCAUUACAUCCGAGUGUUGGACAGUUUCACCAUAAGACGAGUUA